UUCUGAGAAAGUUUGAGUGUGUGUGUGUGUGUGUGUGUUUGGCUGAACGUGUGUGUUGUGUAACAGAAGCGACUGGGUUGACUAGUCCGACUGAUUUCGUUCGUUUUAUGGGAAUGCAGUCACCUGAACAGAUUUGUGGGAAGGGAGGAACUUUUCAAUGACUGCUGAUUACGGAUUUGCUGUACAAGGCCGUAUGUGUGGGUUGGUGUGCUGAGCCAUAAACUCAGGAAAAAUGAGGACCUUGUGCUGCUCUGUAUUGCUUCACCACUUUCCCAUGAAAUGGAACAGCUGUUCCUGAUUGGCUGAGCCUCUCCUCUUACGCCAGGCCCAUGAGGUAACCCCGACAGUAAUUGGUGAUGCCCGUCGCAGGGCCGUGAUGGGGCAGAGGGUCUCGGGCGUGGUGAAAUCUGCCGAGGAGUGCGAGGGGGCUGCGCUGGCCUUGCAGGUAGCCCUUGUGCCCCUUGGCAGGCAUGUACAAGGACACGGGCUAGGCCACACGUUCUCACCGCGCCUGGAACUGCUGCUAGACAUGCCUCCAGCAGACCUUGCCACUCAGCUUGAGCACGCUUGGAACCCUGAAGAUCGCUCACUCAACCUGUUCAUCAAAGAUGAGGACCGGCUCACAUUCCAUCGCCAUCCAGUAGCACAGAGUACAGACUGCGUGCGAGGUAAAGUUGGUUUCGCACGUGGCCUGCAUGCCUGGACUAUCCGGUGGCCCGUGCGGCAACGUGGCACACACGCCAUGGUUGGGGUCGCAACCUCUCGGGCACCGCUCCAUGCUGUCGGGUACACGGCGCUUGUUGGCAGCGAUGCAGAAUCUUGGGGAUGGGAUUUGGGGCGGGGCAAACUUUACCAUGACAGGAAGAGCCAUACGGGCCCAGCGCCUUCGUACCCAUGUAGCCAGAACGAGGAUGAUGAGGACACGUUCUCCGUACCUGAGGAGGUGCUGGUGGUCUUGGACAUGGACGAGGGCACAUUAGGGUUUUGCGCUGAUGGUCACUUCCUAGGCACUGCCUUUCGGGGCCUCAAGGGAAGGAGGCUGUAUCCGAUCGUCAGUGCGGUAUGGGGGCACUGCGAGGUCACAAUGACGUACAUCAACGGACUCGAGCCUGAACCUCUACCACUGAUGGAACUAUGCAGGAGAGCAGCUCGCCAAGCUCUGGGCCGGCAUCGCAUCCACCACAUCCACACACUCCCCCUGCCCCAGACUCUCAAAAACUACCUGCAGUACCAGUGAGAGUCACGCACAACCCUGAACUACAGCACCAGUGACCUCAAUGCACAGCUGAACAUCCUACAGACUCCUUGUUUAGUCUUUUCUUUUCAUUAAUUUUUUACAAUUUUUUUUAAGCAAGACUCCACUUAUACCAGAGUGAAAAGAGAAGUCUAUAUUAUUUGCAUCCAAUUUAGUUCUUGCCAGACCUCACCUGCUAUCUAGUAUUACCAUGAUAGUUUAUCGAGUUAGCUUCCUUGCAAAAUUGGCUUGUUUUGAAUUGCACAUUGCAAUAGUAAGCCAAUUGUUAACAAGCUUGCUAAGUGAACUUGGCUAGCUACUGAACGUCAAAUAUCUGCUGCUGGAGAGGAAAACAGCAUCGUGUCUUGCCUAGCUUAGCUAUUGUACUUAUUUUAUUGUGUAAUUAAAGCCAAUUUCAUUAGCUACAUAGUACAUUGAGCCAAAGAGGAUGAAGAAAGGCUAGUGGUGAUGUCAUGUACACCCAACCCCGAUCUCCACCCCCCUCCUCCCAAUCCAAAACUCACUUCUCCCGAAAGCAUAGCAAAUUGUAGCAUCCGAUGUUGACAAUGGUGCUUCGGACAUUCACUUUUACAAUAUGUUUGCGUAAAAAGCAGAUUGGACUGAGCGUCUUCCAUAGAUAAUUAUGUUUGUUAAUUUUUAUGUCACACUAAAUAUAUUUAAUUAUAACAGAGUCCUCCAUAUCAUGCACCUAAACACCAGGUCUUUUUUUUUUUUUUUUUUUUUUUUUUUUUAAAACAUUUUAAAUAAAUUGUCUUCGCUGAGUGAGUACAGUGAUUGAGGAUAUUUGUAUAUGUUUAUGAUGUGAGUGGUGAUUGUGCAGAUUGUUGUGUAUGAGUGAUGUGAUACAUUUUAUAGAGUUUUAACCCUCUGAGACGUGCCUGUUCAGCGCUUGGGGCGCGGAGUGUUACUGUUCCAACAGGAAGUCCAGGGAAGGCUGUGUAUACAGGUGGAUAUAGGAAAACGGAAGAUGCCACGCUGGCCGUUAUGGCUAACUGUUACGAUGUGUUAUUGUGUCCUCCGUAUUGGAAGGGGCCAGAUUUGAUUGUAGGACAGUGCAGGUGUGCCCUUCUCAAAUCAACAGCAAGCUGCACUGUUUUUCACAAGAUUUUCUUUGUUCCAGGUGUGAUGCACAUCACCGAACGUCUAUGCACUGUAGGUAUUUUGAAACUGCAGGGAGAUUGGAAUUAAUCGAAGAUAUAACACUGCUCUUUAAAUCUCCUUCCCAUUUUUAACAACUAAUAAUAGUCUUGUAAUAGAUCAAUGUAGAGAUCCCAAGAUAGCUAUUUUUAGUUUACAUAACAAUUACAUGAUGUUCGAUAAAAAUAAUAGAUAUCGUGAGUAAAUAUACCUGACAAACCCCUACAUGAAGUUGGCGCUGCUGUUAAGUUAAUCGAAAAGACCAUGUGGUGCUGCAAAUACGUUUUGUGUUGGUUUGAUGUUGUUGUUUUUCGUUUUUUCUAGAAAGUCACAGCAUCUGUAUUUAAAUGCAUCAGUGUUUUAACCUCACUCAACUCAAAACCAUAUGGAAAAAAUCAAAACCGAAAUAGCCAUUGGCCUGUUUUUUUUUUUUUUUUUUUUUUUUUUUUUUUUUUUUUUUGAGUCAUGCUAGAUUUAACGGAUUUCUUUCUUCUUCUUUUUUUUUUCUAAUGGAGACAAAAUUCUCAGAGUUCAGACAAACCAAACCAAUUGAACAGCACUUUGUCACAAAUCACAGUUUGGGAAAAUUUGUUUAAUUUUAGUUCAUGCACAGAACUCAAUUUAUUCAACCUGGGGGUCACCCCCUCCAAUAUGGAGACUCCAUUGGCAUGUCAGGUUUACCCCACUUUAGGCAUCUGCCAUUUUCAUAUCUGAUUUUAAAUGUAAAUAAAAUUGACAAAGCAAA